AUGUCCACCUCCCUGCGGCCAUUAAGACCGUCACGGUCGAGUGUGGAAGUCAUCAAGACAGGAGUCCCUGCCCCGAUUAAGCGAACGAACGUCUCCUCCGCGUGCCUAUCAUGUCGAAGCCGGCGCCGCAAGUGUGAUGGCUCGAGACCUUGUUCGCACUGCGCACGUGCCAGUGAGGAGUGUAUAUACCAGACCGAUCACCGAAGCAAGAGGUACAUGCAAACAGUGUUGGCGAAAUCCAAUGAACAAAGUGCAGGGUUCAAUCUGCUUCUGAAGGCGAUACGACGGUCUUCUCAAUUGGAAGGAGAAGAGAUUGUGCGGGCUCUGCGCUCUGGCGAUGAUGUCUCCACGGCACUCAAAGGGCUGGAAAGCAACGCGAAGUCUCCUGGUGACCUUGACAAGGAGCACGGUUUCCUGGCCAAAGAAGCACCUCCGCGCUCUUUAUCAGCUGCAACCACAGUCAGGUCGGGAGAGAGCACCCUCGCACCGUCUAUACUCGGUCUGCUACAACCGUUCGACCAAGCAACCAGUCCGCCAAAUGCCGCUACGGGCACCGUAGGACUCUGGACCACAGUCACGAACGAUACGCAGAUCAUCAAUCACCUCUUGAACCUUUACUUCACUUACCACCACCCGAUCUGCCGGGUAAUACCAGAACCACUGAUCCGUGCGGACAUGACUACUGGCCGAACAACAUACUGCUCGCCGUUGUUGGUGAAUUCGAUGCUGGCUUUGGCGUGCACGCUUCAUGGUUCCCAGGACGAGAUGAAGCAAGGCAUCGAGGUCUGGCCGUCUGAAGAGGCAUUCACCAACGAGGCCGGGCGUUUGUUGGCUGAAGACCCCAAGCCGAGUCUGACGGCUGUCGCAGCAUUGACCGUUCUUGCAAUGAUCGAAAAUCUACACCUCCGCUAUCAGAGGGCCUGGAGGUAUUCAGGCCGUGCUUCACGUAUGGCACUAUUUCUUGGGCUUCAAAAGGAGGUGAAGAAUAAAGGGAACUCCUCAAUCCCGGACGCAGAAAGCAGCAUGCUUGCUGCGGUCCGUCACCAGCUGUUCUGGGUCUGCUUUCAGGUCGACCAAAUGAGUUCGAGCAAUGCCGGAUGGCAGCCACAAAUUGCGGGCGCCGAUAUCACCGUCGAGUUUCCACGCAUUGGUAACCCUGGAGACUCUGAAUCAUGGCCACCUACUCCAGCGCUUGCGCCAUUCCUGAUUCCGGGAGACCAUACUAGCUGUGCUUUCUAUCUCAUCGAACUUUCGAAGGUGGUUAAUGCACUUCUGAUCGAGUCGAAAUCCCUGCUGCUCAAUCAGGGACGUGUUGAUGUCAGGACUUGGGCAUCCAGGUACCACGCUUGGUACGAGAGUCUCCCCAACUCGCUUGCUGUGGCCGAAAAAGGUCCUGCUCACGUCAUAGCGAUGCAUAUGUGGUACCAUUCCAGCAUCAUCCGGACCUCUCAACCAAUGCUGGCAUUUGGUCGUGGUGAGUACAACAUGGCAUCUGUGAUGUGCCAACAGGCCGCCAUAACGAUUAUGGAUCUUUUAAGCUGCUAUCGAAGUCUGUAUGGCUUGACAGGCAUGAAUGCCUUGGUUGUUCAAGCUGCACUCGACGCGUAUUCUGUCCACCUCCAGGCAUUCCCCACCACUUCUAAUGAGCUCUUGACCGUGAUUGAAACUUUUCAACAGCUUUCCACGGGACAAGCAUGGGCUCGAACAUCAUUGAGAAGGUUGGAGGGUCAGAUUCUGCAGUCUCAAAUUGCGGACCCAGCAGCGGUAGUCGACGCGCUAUUUAGCAGAAGCGACCCGAUACCACCGUCACUGACACAGCCGGCGUGUUCGUUCACCGGAUACCAAUCGGCAUGUUUCGAGCAAGCCGAACCAUGCGUUAAUGUCAACACUGAGCCGGGGUAUGAUUUUCUUGCAAGUGUCGCACCUGGACCGCCUCCUCCACAGAGCGAUUAUUUCUUCUUGCCUUUCGCUCGAAGCUAG